CGGCUUCCGGCCGAGAGAGGGUGGGACCCCGCGGCCGUCAUGGCAGCCGACGAGAAGGACCCGUUGAGCUACUUCGCGGCUUACGGGAGCAGCAGCUCCGACUCGUCGGACGAGGAGAACAGCGAGCCGGAAGACGCGGGUCGCAAGGAGGCGGCCCCGGCCCCGACGACGGGCGGCCGCGGGAAGCAGGCGGAGAAGCGGCUGCCGGGCCCGGACGAGCUGUUCCGCAGCGUGAGCCGCCCGGCCUUCCUCUACAACCCGCUCAACAAGCAGAUCGACUGGGAGCGGCAUGUGGUGAAGGCGCCCGAGGAGCCUCCAAAGGAGUUCAAGAUCUGGAAGUCCAACUGCGUGCCGCCCCCAGAGACCUACACUACUGAGAAGAAGCCGCCGCCGCCAGAGCUGGACAUGGCGAUCAAAUGGUCGAAUAUCUAUGAAGACAAUGGAGACGAUGCCCCACAGAACGCUAAGAAAGCCAGGCUUCUGCCGGAAGGGGAGGAGACAGUGGAAUCAGAUGAUGACAAAGAUGAGCGGGCAUCUAAGAUUCGCAGAGUGGAGCCAGGAGAAGCCGCCAAGAAGAAGAAGUAGAGAGUUGUGGCUCCUGAGAUGUGUCGUUGGGCGGAGUGUUUGCUUUUGUGCUUUACUAUGACAGACAUCUCCGUGAACGUAUUUAUGUUAACGAACUAAUGAGUGUUGCCUCAAGACUUUCCACUGUAGAAUUUACUUUUUUAUUUAAAACCUGUAUGUAUUUACAACUCUGAUGGUGACCUGUGAUUGUGAACUGGCAGUACUUGGAAGCAUUCUGGCUAUCACAAAAUUGGUGACAGGCUUUGAGAGUCUGUCACAUGGACAUGCCAAUGUUCUAUGAACCUUUUAUAAAGGAAUAUAUUUUUAAAGUAAAUAUAUUGUAUUGUACUGUGAACUUGUGGGUGCUUUUCAUUAGUAUCUGUACAGUGUAAAUAGAUGAUCAUGGAAAUAAAAUCACUUAAUUCAAUCUUGUUAUUACUGAAUGCCACUAACAUAAGUAUUUGUGACAAGCAGCCUGUUUGCCCUGUGACAUUAUGAUUCACAGUGGGGAUUAGCAUGUAGGGAGAGCCUCUCAUGUUCAGGUGCCUCGUGCAUAUUUCUCUCCUACAGUCCUGUGAAGAAAGCAGACGUGAGAGUCCUCGGGUGUGUGAUGAGAGCUUGAGGAACUGGGCAAAGGGAUACACGGCAGUGAGUGAAGAGGAGCAGUCAUGCAGUCAGAUGAAGCCACCUGUCCACUCCUCAGACUUCAGUCAUUUGCCAAGAACAUUGUCGUCUCUCCCAUGCGCACUCGUAUUAGGGGAGGUCUCGUACUCUGACUAUGCAGCUGCACUGAUACAUGCCUUAUAGUAUGAGCAUUCAUUUCUUCAUUAAGUAGACUGAAGAUGCGGCUCUUCUAUGAAAGAUGACCAAAUUCAGUAAAGAACAUAAGGUAACCAAUUAAAUUUGAGUCUUUCUGAGUAUAUGUGAUAUGAGACACAUUAAAAACCAUCUGAAAUUCUAA